GGUGUUUCUGCGCGGAUUGCCUUGUCCGUUGGUUUUGAUGCUCUCUACAUGACCGGUGCCGGCACCGCCGCCUCCGUCCACGGCCAAGCAGACCUCGGCAUCUGCACACUAAACGACAUGCGCACCAAUGCCGAAACCCUCGCCAACAUCUCUCCCUCGACGCCCCUAAUCGCCGACGCUGACACCGGCUACGGCGGCCCCAUCAUGGUUGCCCGCACGACGGAGCAAUACUCCCGCUCCGGCGUGGCAGGCUUCCACAUCGAAGACCAAAUUCAAACCAAGCGCUGCGGCCACCUUGGUGGAAAGAUCCUCGUUGACACCGACACAUAUGUCACGCGGAUCCGCGCAGCCGUGCAGGCGCGCCAGCGCAUGGGGAGCGACAUCGUCGUAAUCGCGCGGACAGACGCACUCCAAACUCACGGCUACGAGGAGAGUCUGAACCGCCUCAAGGGAGCACGGGAAGCCGGCGCAGACGUCGGACUACUAGAGGGAAUCUCGUCGCGGGAGAUGGCGAGGCAGGUGACUAAGGAUUUGGAAGGGUGGCCGUUGGUCCUGAACAUGGUGGAGCACGGAGCUACGCCGUCGAUCUCGGCGCAGGAGGCCAAGGAGAUGGGAUUCAAGGUUAUUAUCUUCCCAUUUGCGGCGUUGGGGCCUGCUCUGAUUGCUAUGCGGUCUGGGUUGGAGAAGCUUAAGAAGGAUGGGUUGCCGGGGUUGUCGGAGGAGAUUACGCCGCAGAUGCUGUUCCGGGUUUGUGGGUUGGAUGAGAGUAUUAAGGUUGAUGCGGAUGCUGGGGGUGGUGCGUUUGAAGAGGGUGUUGAUUUGAAGAAGACGGAUUAAGGGGAAACUCAUAAUCCUGGCAGG